UGAAGUACGAUUGGUGAAUGAAUCGCAUGGGUGGAUCUUGCAAGAGUUUUAAAGGUGUACGUACGUGAAAGGGAUAAAGAAAGUAAUAAAAAUAGGGUCAUUGAAAUCAGUAGGACAGAAUUUAAAAAUAACAUUUACUCAUGAGAGUUUGACAAUUAAAAAUGAUGUGGUUUUUAUCGAUAUGGAUCCUCUUAAGUGUCUGCCAAAUAAAUGCUUUCAAUUUGGAAACACAAAUACCUGUUGUUAAAAGAGGAUUGAAUGGUUCCUACUUCGGUUAUUCGGUAGCCGAACAUCAAGAAAUUACUGAGGAUGGUACUGGAAAAGCUAAAAGUUGGAUGUUAAUCGGUGCCCCAUUAGAUCAGAAUAGACAACCAGAAACAAAUAGAUCUGGUGCAUUAUGGCAAUGUCCAUUAACGACGUAUACGAGGGAUUGUAUUCAAGUUAUUACAGAUGGACGAUCAACAGCAGAGGGUGGUCUGUAUGAUUCAAGUUUUGAUUCUGAUGAUUUAGUUCCUCCUGGUAAGGAUGAAAUAAAAGAUAAUCAGUGGUUAGGAGUUACAGUGCGUAGUCAGGGUGUUGGUGGCAAAGUAAUGGUAUGUGCUCAUCGACACAUUGUUAAAACCGCUGAUUCUCGAUGGGGACAGGGUCAGUGUUAUAUAUUGACUCAGGAUUUAAAAUAUCCAGAUUUAAAAAAACCAUGCUCAGGAAAACCUACUAAUAAAGCACAUGAACAAUUUGGAUAUUGUCAAGCUGGUACAAGCGGAGUAUUUACUUCUGAAGAUCGUGUGGUGAUUGGUACACCUGGACCUCAUACAUGGAAGGGAACGUUAUAUCUUUUUACUGUUUCUGAUGAAUUUUUAAAUAGGGACAAUACUGUUUAUAAUGUUCCAAUGCAAGAUACUUCACCUGUUAAUAAAUACAGUUACUUAGGCAUGUCAGUUGCUGUGGGUAACUUCUUUGGAAAUGGUUUAGCAUAUGCUGCUGGAGCACCACGUUCGAAAGGUACAGGACAAGUUGUUAUUCUCACAAGAAAAGACAAUAAACCUGAGAUGGAUGUUGUUUUAAUCUUAAGUGGUGAACAAUUUGCUUCAAGUUUUGGGUACGAAAUUACUUCUGCGGAUGUCAAUGGAGACAAAAUAACAGAUUUAAUUGUGGCAGCGCCAUUUUAUUUUAAUAAAGCGGAGGGUGGAGCUGUUUAUAUUUAUACAAUGUUAUGUAAAAAUAUUAAAGAUAACGAUAAAUGUAAGCCCGUUAAAUUAGUCGGACGCGAAGAAUCAAGGUUUGGCUUUGCAUUAACUAACUUAGGAGAUUUGAACAAAGAUGGUUACGAAGAUAUUGCUAUUGGUGCUCCUUAUGAAGGAAAAGGAACAGUUUACAUAUAUCUUGGAUCCAAAAAUGGAAUCAUUACAACACCAUCACAGAUCAUUCAUUCGGAAGAUACUCCAGUACCAUUACGUACCUUCGGAUAUUCAUUAAGUGGAGGAAUUGAUAUGGAUCAAAAUGGUUAUCCUGAUUUAUUGAUCGGUGCUUAUGAAGAUGAUGCUGUUGUACUCCUUCGUUCCAAAAAAAUUAUUGACAUUACCACGUAUAUUAGCUAUCUUAAAAAAGAUGGGACAUAUCAAGAUAAGAUAGAUCCUAUAGAUCCUAAUAAAUUAGGAUGUGCAGCACAUCCCGAUGCAAAUCAUACAUGCUUUUCAUUUGAAGCAUGUUGUAAAACAGAAUCUUUGGUUAAAGAAGAAGACAUGCAAAAUUUACGAUUAAAUUAUUUCAUAGAGGCUGAGACAUAUUCUGGUGUUAAAAAAUUUUCUAGAGUUUGGUUUGGCGUUGGUAAUACACGCCCUCAUUAUGUUAAUCGUACGGUUACUUUGGAUACAAAAAAAUUAAUACAUUGUCAAACGGAAAUUGUAUACUUAAAGGAAAAUACUCGUGACAUCCAAUCGCCCAUUAAGUUCAGAUUAAAUUAUUCAUUGAUACAAGAAGAACCAAUGAUGCAUGCCGAAGGAGAUUCAUUGCCUGAUAUUAAAAAUUAUCCUAUUCUUAAUCAGCAGGAAGCAGCUCGCAUAUUUGAAGCAACAUUCCAGAAAGAUUGUGGAAAUAAUGAUAUUUGUGAAAGUGAUUUGCAAGUGUAUGCGCAUUUGAAUUUAUCAGUGUCUUCAGUUAAGCCUAACUUCUACGAAUUACUUCUUGGUGAAAAAGAAGAAGUCGUAGUUGAAGUUAACGUAACGAACGUUGGUGAAUCGGCGUACGAAGCGCAACUUUUUAUAACUCAUUCGCAAAAUUUAAAUUACAUUGCCAGUAAAAGCAAUGAUUCUGUAAUUUGUAAUUUAUACAAUGCCACAUUGGUGGCAUGUUCGAUUGGCAAUCCAUUUAAGAAAGAUAAAAUGGUGAACAUACAAGUGCGAUUUGAUCCUAAAGGUUUAGAAGACAAUGAAUCAUUUUUAGAUUUCGUGAUUUUUGCUAAUUCAACAUCGAAAGAGGUGACAGAGAAGAAACCUACAUUGUUACAGGCCACUGUGCUAAAGAGAGCUGAGUUAUCAAUAAAAGGAAGUGCAAAAACUCAAUGGGCCUUUUAUGGUGGACCAGUUAUCGGCGAAUCAGCUAUUAAACAUCUAAGUGAAAUAGGACCUAAAGUUUCACACACUUAUGAAGUAUUUAACGAAGGACCAUGGAAAGUGAGUAGCGUAGAAGUAAGAAUUUCGUGGCCAUAUGAAGUCGCAAACGACAAAUCUCAUGGCAAAUGGCUACUCUACUUAGAAGAAUUACCAACUGUACAAGCCUUAGGUGAAGGAGAAUGUACACUUCCACCAGGCCAUUCAGUCAAUCCAUUAAAAUUACAAGACUCUGUUAGUUUUGAAGACCUGGAUUUAAUUUUCCCAACACCAUCUACGUCGCCUCCUAUUUUGUAUAAUCAUACUAAUCAUAUAAGAAUGAAACGAGAUACAGAAAAAGUUGUUAAUACUCGAACAAUUAUUGACAAAGAUGGGCAAAAACAUUAUAUUGUUUCAAUGAAUUGUAAAGCAGGAACGGCUAAAUGUUUUGAUAUAACAUGUAUCAUAUACAACUUGCAACGAAAACAAGAAGCAAUUAUAACCGUCAAAGCAAGACUUUGGAAUUCAACAUUGGUGGAAGAUUAUCCGAAAGUAGACAUGGUGAAAAUAGGUUCCAAUGCAAGAAUAAUUAUACCUCCUAAUGUUGUGAUACAACAAGAAAAUUUAAAGGAUGAUCAUGCAAUUGCUGAAACAAUUGCAUAUCCAGAUCCUUUAGACCAACAAGAUGUAGAGCCUGUUCCUAUUUGGAUAAUCAUAGUAGCAGUAGUUGCAGGUUUACUAUUAUUCAUUUUACUUACACUAGUACUUCGAAAGUUAGGGUUCUUUAAACGAAGACGACCGGAUCCUACUUUGUCUGGUAAUCUCGAAAAACAUAGAGACGAUAAUCCAGAAAAUGAAGCUUUAUUUAAACACUGAAAACUUAUUUAAAAAGAAAAAAAAAAACUAAAACAAAAAAAG